GUUCACGUGGCAGGCAAGCAAGGCGUCUUAAUUUCCCACCUUCAAUGUCAGUCUCGAAGUCCAAAAAACGUCCAAUUACCGUCAAAUUCAAUCACUCACGAAAAAGUACAAGAAAAUAAAACAGGGAAAGUCCCUUUCUUCCCAGAAAAUAUCUGUAGUCUGAAAAACAAAAUGCUGCACUCAGUUUAUCUGCCUUCUUUUUCUCUCUCCUCCACUGCACUUUUUCCUCCAUCUGCUACUUCUGUUGGAUUUCAAUCAAGUAAGAGAGGAUUAGACAGUCUUCAACAUCAAAUCAUCAAGACAAGGAGGUGCACCAAUGUUUCUUUGAUAGCCUAUAAUCACGGUACCCAAGAGUUUGUACUUGAGGAAGAAGCUCUGAGCAUGUUGGAGACAAAUAAAUCAUUCAAAAUCCUGCCAGGCCAGGCAUUUCCUUUGGGAGCUUCAGAGAUUCAGAAUAGAAUAAAUUUUGCAAUCUUUUCGCAACAUGCAAGCUCAGUAACUCUUUGCUUAUUGCUUCCUCCUUCUAGCUGGAAGGAUUAUGAUACAGGAAACAAGGAGAUGUUGGAAUUAAGGCUGGAUCCAAGUCUGAACAAGACUGGAGAUACAUGGCAUAUAUGUAUUGAGGAUCUGCCACGAAGCGGUGUUCUCUAUGGUUAUCGCAUUGAUGGUCCCCAAGAUUGGCCACAAGGCCACCGAUUUGAUAGUAGCAUUGUUCUGCUUGAUCCCUACGCAAAAUUUGUUGAAGGUCGCCGGCAUUUUGGAGAUCCAACCAAUAAGCUCUCUAAAUUCUUAGGGACAUAUGAUUUCGAAGGCUUAUCCUUUGACUGGGAAGAUGAUGUGCAUCCAAGCAUACCGGAGAAUGAUCUUGUCAUUUAUGAAAUGAAUGUUCGUGCAUAUACUGUGGAUGAGUCUAGUGAAGUUGAUGCAGAUAUACGAGGAAGCUAUCUUGGUAUUAUUGAGAAGAUUCCGCACCUCUUGGAGCUUGGCAUUAAUGCCGUGGAAUUGCUACCAGUCUUUGAGUUCGAUGAAAUGGAGUUACAAAGGCGCUCCAACCCCAGAGAUCACAUGAUUAAUACUUGGGGCUAUUCAACUAUCAACUUCUUCGCACCGAUGAGUCGCUAUGCAAGUUGUGGUGGCGGACCUAUUAAUGCUGCCCUGGAGUUCAAGGAAAUGGUUAAAGCCUUGCAUAAUGCUGGAAUAGAGGUCAUCUUGGAUGUUGUGUAUAAUCAUACAAAUGAGGCUGAUGAUAGAUACCCCUACACUACUUCUUUUCGUGGCAUAGACAAUAAGGUCUAUUACAUGGUGGACGGCGAUGGCAAGUUGAUGAAUUAUUCUGGCUGUGGCAACACAUUAAACUGUAAUCAUCCUGUGGUCAUGGAACUUAUUCUUGACAGCUUGAGACACUGGGUCAAUGAAUACCAUGUAGAUGGAUUUCGCUUUGACCUUGCCAGUGUGCUUUGUCGAGGGACUGAUGGUUUGCCGCUUGAUGCACCUCCUCUUGUGAAGGCCAUUGCCAAAGAUGCCGUCUUGUCAAAGUGUAAAAUUAUUGCUGAGCCAUGGGACUGCGGAGGUCUUUAUCUAGUUGGACAAUUUCCUAAUUGGGACCGGUGGGCAGAAUGGAAUGGCAAGUAUCGUGAUGAUGUGAGAAGAUUUAUUAAGGGUGAUUGCGGCUUAAAAGGAAGUUUUGCAACUCGCAUAUCAGGAUCUGCAGACCUAUAUAGAGUUAACAAACGGAAGCCUUACCACAGCAUCAACUUCAUUAUUGCUCAUGAUGGAUUUACUUUGUAUGAUCUUGUUUCAUACAAUUUUAAGCAUAAUGAGUCAAAUGGAGAGGGUGGCAAUGAUGGAUGCAAUGAUAACUACAGUUGGAACUGUGGUUUUGAAGGAGAAACAACAGAUGCGGAUCUCAUUGCUCUACGCUCACGGCAAAUGAAAAACUUCCAUUUGGCUCUGAUGAUAUCUCAGGGUACUCCUAUGAUGCUAAUGGGUGAUGAAUAUGGGCAUACACGGUUUGGAAACAAUAACAGUUAUGGACAUGAUACUGCUCUUAACAACUUCCAGUGGUCAAAGUUGGCAGCAAAGAAAGAAGGCCACUUCAGGUUUUUCUCUGAAGUUGUGAAGUUCCGUAGAGCGCAUGACAUAUUCAGACGUGAAAACUUUCUUGAGAAGAAGGACGUGACGUGGCAUGAGGACAAUUGGAGCAAUAGCGAGAGUAAAUUUCUGGCUUUCACAUUACAUGACAACAAAGGAGAAGACAUCUACUUGGCUUUUAAUGCUCAUGAAUACUUUGUUCAAGUUGCAAUACCUUCACCACCACAAACUAAGCGUUGGUUUAGAGUGGCGGAUACAAAUCUCAAAUCUCCUGACGAUUUCGUAGCAGAGGGCGUUCCAGGUGUCACAAGCUCAUAUAAUGUUGCUCCCUUUUCAUCAAUUUUACUUAAAGCAAAGUAAUGGAAGUCGACAAAACUUGCGAAGUUACCUACUCCCAAGUUCGUUAUAAAUGAAACUGCUCUCAUCUCCAUUCCAUGCACGGUACUGCAAGCAAAGUACUGGACAGUCCUAUUACUGUGGAUCGGAUGAGCGUGAGCAAGCUGGUCUGCUGGCUUCACAGGCUGUAUAAUAUACUACAUGAUAGCUUCUUUUUGUUUUCCUGUAUUAUAAUAGGAUCUUUAUAAGAAAACACAAAAACCAAUAACGAAAAUAACAACCAAGUAGUACAUGGUAUAGUUGGUAGACGAUUUCCUUAAUAAGGUUAUAGGUUUGGUUCCUACCAAUGCCGGUUAUUAGGGGUGUGGAUUGUGUACAUUUGUUUCCUUGAUUUCAAUGCAAGCAAGUUAUGUGACUA